GUUUAUCUAGUUUUGUACUUGCAAAUAAAUUAAGGUCUUCUGAGUUCUGCUCUUGUGUCUGCGUCAACAAACAGUAUCUACUUCCCUACACAGUUUUACCAUCAUGGCCUUGAGUACAUACACAGAGUUGGGAACACUUCAACACCUUAACACUCAGAUUAGUUUCCAACAAAGACACGCAGAGCUAGCAGGAGAGAUCCUAGGCUAUUCCAACAACUUUGAACUUCAAAAAACUCUGCUUCAUCCACUGUAUGACCAAGAAAGUUUCCUAAACCCUGAAGAAUGUUACACCCAUUUGCUUCCAUACUUAUCAUCUUCUUGUGAACCUUUCAUUUCCCUCUCUGAAAUGCUAACACCACCUCAAGAUUUUGAACCCUACUCAUUCCCAAAACGCCAAAGAUGCCAUGAAAAUCAAUUUAGCUUGGAUUUUUCACCAACUUUCUUUGAUGGGCUUGUUCCAAAUCCUUGUAUGGUGGCCGACGUUUUUCCUGAACUCUUCUCUCAACUGCCUGAGUAUGGUAUUCCACAGGUUGAUUGCACUCAAAAUGUUGAGAGUUCAAAGAAAAUGAAUGAAAGAAGUGUGUCGGCACAGAGCAUUGCGGCUCGAGAAAGGAGAAGGAAGAUCACUGAGAAGACUCAAGAGCUAGGGAGGCUGAUUCCGGGUUGCUCUAAAAUGAACACAGCUGAGAUGCUUCAAGCUGCUUCCAAGUAUGUCAAGUACUUGCAGGCACAAGUUGGGAUUCUUGAACUCAUGGGUGCAUUUCAGGGAACAUAUGCAGUCAGUCCCACAGAAAUGCAAGUCAUUCUUGCAUCUCCAAGAGUUCAAGAGAAGCUAUAUUUGGAGGAUAAGUGCUUGGUCCCAAAGGAGCUUUCCAAAUUGUGUGUGAAAGAGCAUGACAUUCUAUCUAAACCUUCAAUUUCUAAUGAUCAAAAUCGCCUGGUCAAAUCAGAGGGUUGACAAGAAGGCCUAACAAGUGAUAAAUAUGUUACCCUUAUGUGAUUUAGUUGUGUAUAGUGAUGCUUUUUGUAAAUAAAUUUCGUGAAAAGUACUUUAUCCAUUUCAUCUGAUGGUUAAUAUUUUUCCACCUGAAAGUUUCUCAUCCAAAAAAUUGGUGCAGAAUAUAUGUUUGUUCAGCUGGAAAAUGCAGGGGUAUAUAUAAUAAGAAGCCUCAAUUUCUUUCCUUCACAUUAUAUUUGGUAGUUUGUACAAUAAUGCAAUGAGCAGAGGAUAAAAUAAUGGAAUGAAAUGGAAAUGAAUAUGGUGUAUUUUCUCUAUUGUGUUUACAAGUUUAUAAAGGAAUGGAUGGAAUUUAAAAUAAUAAUAAAGGCUUUCUUUUUCUUUUCUUUUUUUUAAGAAUAAGAUUGCCUUUUAUAUUUGUCUUUUCUCAGGAUAAGGAUAGAAUUGAGGAAUUGAGAUUUCACCUCCAUUUCCUGAAUGUAAUGAAUGUUCUUCUCAGUUAUUAGGGAAUGGAAUGGAAUAUUUCUAGACAAUACCUUUAUAUUCAUCCCAUCCCAUUCCUUCCUCCCAAAGGAGCUUUUCUUUGACAAUCAUCUCCAAAGAGGAAUAACUGAAAACCAUAGUAAUUCCUCCAUUUCAAUCUUCUUUCAUACUGUCUUCCCAAACAUAAUAUCUUAAAUCUUAGAUACAAAAUCGAGCUCAAAAAUUAAAUUCCUAUAAGUCUAUAACUUCACCACCUUUUCUCAGAAAGUAAUAAGAGAGAGAAUGUGACUUUCAAAACAUUAUGUAUGCCUUGUCAACAUUACAUAUACAAAGCAAUUUGGCAGAAGCUCAUUAAAGGAAAUCAAUUUAUCAACUCUAGUGAAACAUAUAAUUGACUUUCAUCAAAAUCCAUCAAACACUAGGAGGAUAAUAUCAUGUGUGAGGGAGACAAAUCACAUGUAGUCAAUGCUGCCAUGUCAUAUCAUAGCAAUGUCUCACUACCAAGGGCAGUAAGACUUUUUCCUUUCUCUCUUUUUUUUUUUUUUUUUUUUCAAAGGGGGAGCUGUUUAUAUGGCACGUGUGAAUUCAUCUUUACAAUAGCAACUAGAUAAGAUAAAGAGAACUUAGAGAAGAAUCAUGCUGCUAAUUAUUUAUUUUUCAUCAUCAACAAAAUGUGAAACCUUAGAUCCCAACCCACUAUCCCGUAUCCCUGAUGCUCUUCCACCUGCUUUGUUUGCGUAAUGAGAGUUUAAUAACAAACACAAACUGUAAUUCAAUAUUUAUUAGAAUUAUAAGGCUUGGUGAUAUUUAACCGUUUUAGAUACAACCUCUUUCGUCUGACUGACAAACCUCAUGCUGCACAUGUUGCCGGAACGCUUCCA